CAGAACUUAAUGGACUUCUUGUUCGACUCUUCAAUGAUCAACUUUGAUCAUCCCAACGAUCCUUUGGGGGACUUAGAAAAGCUAGUAUCAGACUCUGGGAUUAAGAUGAGAGAGGAAGGAUUUCAAAGUCUUGAGGAAGACAAAGAGCUUGAUUUUCAAAGGGAAAUCAAGAACAACAAAGAAACUGCAAAUAUAUAAGCGAUUCAUUACCAAGUAGCAAAGACAUUUCGAUCGAAGAGAAAAGAAGGAGGGGUAAAAUAAGGUCCAAGAGAUCAAGAGACAAGAAGAAACUUUAUUACCAAGAUCUUGAGAAUAGAAUCAAAGAGCUCCAAAAAGAGAAUUUCAGACUACAAAACUUAGUUGCCAAUUACAGAAGCGAGAAACUUGAGUAUUAUGGUAAAGAAGUCAAGUCUUUUGUCAAGGAUUCUAGAGACAUCAAAUUGAAAAUGUUCAAGAACUUUGUGGACCCUGAGACCAUGGAAAUGAAGAAGAAAGCAGACUUUGUUCUCAAAGAUAAGUUCAAUGAACUCUCAAAAGUCCAACUCGAGAAACACAAAAAGUUUAUGGAUGAAGUCUUCAAGCUAAUUGUCAAUAACAUCUGUCCUUUUGACAAAUUCUUGAGAAAGAGAAAUGAUACAGAAUACACAACAGACUACGAGACUAUCAAGGAACUAGCCAAAAUUCCUGAAGGUCUAAGAGCCAAGGUAGCUCAGGAAAAGAACUUGACUCAAGUUGACCUAUUAUUCGCAGCGUUCAAUCCGUCUAAAAGACAGUUUGAGUUCAUCACAAAAGUGUUCAUGAAGAAAGAUCAGCACUUGAGACAAAAGUACAAAGAAGGACUGAAACUCUUGUUUGAAGCCAAGAGUGUAAUCCAGAAGACAAGUGUGGAGUUGUGCUCUUAUAUGUACUUCACCCUAAACUCCCAAGCAUUUAAGGACACACAGAUAUUCAACUCUCAUGCUAGAAGAGACAUACUCCAACCUGCAGACCUCUUCAACGAAAUUUGGAAAGUGCAAGUGAAUCCUGUAGAAUACAAGUUCGAUCUGCACAAAGAUCCAAUUUGUGGCAAAAGGGCAAGAAAAGUAUUUACUGAAGAUAUCAAGAAUUACAGUUUCGAAUACAAUGAGUAUUCAUUGGCUUAA